AUCUAUGAGAAACAGGCCCUCAUCAGACACUGAAUCUACUGGUGCCUUGAUCUUAAACUUCCCAGCCUCUUGAACUAUGAGUGAUAAAUUUAUGUUGUUUAUAAAUUUCUCAGUCUAAGGUAUUCUUUAUAGCAGCCCCAAUGGACUAAGACACUUACCUUUACUAGUGCCUCAAUUUCCUUAUUCAUGUGAAAGGGGAUAGUGCCAAUUCAGAAACUUGCUGAAGGUAAUAAAUAACUCUGUAAGCACGAGGCACUUAGAACUGUGUCUGACUCAUUGCAACCCAUAUGUAAAUGCUAGGUAUCAUAAUGAGGGUCAAGAUACAAAAUUUCUGUGGCAUUGAGAGGAUCAGCUAUAAUUGUUUUAGCCCUCCCAGGACAAAGAUAAUGGUUAAACAUAGUGGCACUAUUCUACUUCCUUUUUUGCUAAUUAUACAAAACCUAUUCUGAAAAGCACAUUUCAUCGCCUGCUCAGAGUCUCCAGUUGGUGACCAAGAGUACAUCUCUUUUCAAAUAGCUGGAUUAGGUCCUCAUGCUGCUGUGGUCAUUGCUGGUCAUCUUUGAUGCAGUCACUGAACAGGCAGAUUCGCUGACCCUUGUGGCGCCCUCUUCUGUCUUCGAAGGAGACAGCAUCGUUCUGAAAUGCCAGGGAGAACAGAACUGGAAAAUUCAGAAGAUGGCUUACCACAAGGAUAACAAAGAGUUAUCUGUUUUCAAAAAAUUCUCAGAUUUCCUUAUCCAAAGUGCAGUUUUAAGUGACAGUGGUAACUAUUUCUGUAGUACCAAAGGACAACUCCUUUUCUGGGAUAAAACUUCAAAUAUAGUAAAGAUAAAAGUCCAAGAGCUCUUUCAACAUCCUGUGCUGACUGCCAGCUCCUUCCAGCCCAUCGAAGGGGGUCCAGUGAGCCUGAAAUGUGAGACCCGGCGCUCUCCACAGAGGUUGGAUGUUCAACUCCAGUUCUGCUUCUUCAGAGAAAACCAGGUCCUGGGGUCAGGCUGGAGCAGCUCUCCGGAGCUCCAGAUUUCUGCCGUGUGGAGUGAAGACACAGGGUCUUACUGGUGCGAGGCAGAAACGGUGACUCACAGGAUCAGAAAACAGAGCCUCCAAUCCCAGAUUCACGUGCAGAGAAUCCCCAUCUCUAACGUAAGCUUGGAGAUCCGGGCCCCCGGGGGACAGGUGACUGAAGGACAAAAACUCAUACUGCUCUGCUCAGUGGCUGGGGGUACAGGAAAUGUCACAUUCUCCUGGUACAGAGAGGCCACAGGAACCAGUAUGGGAAAGAAAACCCAGCGUUCCCUGUCAGCAGAGCUGGAGAUCCCAGCUGUGAAAGAGAGUGAUGCCGGCAAAUAUUACUGUAGAGCUGACAACGGCCAUGUGCCUAUCCAGAGCAAGGUGGUGAAUAUCCCUGUGAGAAUUCCAGUGUCUCGCCCUGUCCUCACCCUCAGGUCUCCUGUGGCCCAGGCUGCAGUGGGGGACCUGCUGGAGCUUCACUGUGAGGCCCUGAGAGGCUCUCCCCCAAUCUUGUACCAAUUUUAUCAUGAGGAUGUCACCCUUGGGAACAGCUCGGCCCCCUCUGGAGGAGGGGCCUCCUUCAACCUCUCUUUGACUGCAGAACAUUCUGGAAACUACUCCUGUGAGGCCAACAACGGCCUGGGGGCCCAGUGCAGUGAGGCAGUGCCAGUCUCCAUCUCAGGACCUGAUGGCUAUAGAAGAGACCUCAUGACAGCCAGAGUUCUCUGGGGACUGUUUGGUGUCCUUGGUUUCACUGGUGUUGCUUUGCUGUUGUAUGCCUUGUUCCACAAGAUAUCAGGAGAAAGUUCUGCCACUAAUGAACCCAGAGGGGCUUCCAGGCCAAAUCCUCAAGAGUUCACCUAUUCAAGCCCAACCCCAGACAUGGAGGAGCUGCAGCCAGUGUAUGUCAAUGUGGGCUCUGUAGAUGUGGAUGUGGUUUAUUCUCAGGUCUGGAGCAUGCAGCAGCCAGAAGGCUCAGCAAACAUCAGGACACUUCUGGAGAACAAGGACUCCCAAGUCAUCUACUCUUCUGUGAAGAAAUCAUAACACUUGGAGGAAUCAGAAGGGAAGAUCAACAGCAAGGAUGGGGCAUCAUUAAGACUUGCUAUAAAACCUUAUGAAAAUGCUUGAGGCUUAUCACCUGCCACAGCCAGAACGUGCCUCAGGAGUCACCUCCUGUCAUUUUUGUCCUGAUGAUGUUUCUUCUCCAAUAUCUUCUUUUACCUAUCAAUAUUCAUUGAACUGCUGCUACAUCCAGACACUGUGCAAAUAAAUUAUUUCUGCUACCUUCUCUUAAGCAAUCAGUGUGUAAAGAUUUGAGGGAAGAAUGAAUAAGAGAUACAAGGUCUCACCUUCAUCUACUGUGAGGUGAUGAGAACAGGACUUGAUAGUGGUGUAUUAACUUAUUUAUGUGCUGCUGGAUACAGUUUGCUAAUAUUUUGUUGAGAAUUUUUGCAAAUAUGUUCAUUGGGAAUAUUGGCCUGAAAUUUUCUUUUCCACUGUGUCUCUGCCAGAAUGUUUGUAUCAGGCUGAUGCUGGCUUCAUAGAAUGAGUUAGGCAGGAGCCCUUCCUCCUUGAUUUUUUGGCAUAGUUUCAGCAGGAUUGGUACCAGUUAUUCUUUCUGCAUCUUGUAGAAUUCAGCUAUGAAUCCAUCUGGUCUAGGGCUUUUGUGUUGGUGGGUAAGUUUUUUAUUACUAAUUCAACUUCAGCGCUUGAUAUUGGUCUAGGAAGGGUUUCUGUCUCUUCCUGGUUCAAUCUUGGGAGAUUGUGUGUUUCCAGGAAUUUAGCUGUUUCCUCCAGAUUUUCUUCCUUAUGUGCAUCGACUUGAGUGUAAACAUAACUUAUAUGCACUGGGAAACCAAAAAAUCUGUGUGACUUGCUUUAUUGCAGCAUUUGUUUUAUUUUGGUAGUCUGGAACUGAACCUGCAAUAUCACCAAAGUAUGCAUAUAGUUGCAAAAAUGUGAUUUUUGACAUAGUAAAUAUGAGUAUUUGCAAUAAACUAUGAUAUUACUUUUGUAAGUAUAUAGAAUAAAAUGUAAAUAAUCUAUA